AUGCUCGAGUCUCUUGUUGCUACCGUGUUGAAUCGUUUUCUUGGAGCUUAUGUCUCUAACCUCGAAGUUAACCAACUUAACGUUGCCAUAUGGACAGGCACAGAUUUACAACUAAAGAAAGAAGCUCUCGACAAGUUUAAUUUGCCCAUUGAUGUUUUAGAAGGAUACCUUGGGGAAUUAACGUUAAAUAUUCCUUGGUCAAAUUUAAAGAAUAAACCCGUUAAAGUUUUCAUAAAUAAUGUUUAUCUCCUUGCAGUUCCAAAAGCCGAGUCGGAGUACGAUCCUGAGGAAGAUGAGCGUCGAGCUCAACAACUUAAACAAGAAAAAUUAGCAAAUGCCGAAUUGUUGCAUACACAACCUGAAGCGUCAGGUGAGGAUGAUCAAAAGAACCAAUCUUUUGUAAAUCAACUCGUCACGAAGAUUGUUGAUAAUCUUCAGAUUUCAAUCAAUAACAUUCACAUUCGUUAUGAAGAUAAGCUUAGUGACCCAGGGCAUCCGUUUGCUGUGGGAUUGACUCUAUCCGAAUUCUCGGCAGUUUCAACUGACAGUAAUUGGAAACCUACAUUUAUUGAGGGAGAAACCAGUUCUAUUCAUAAGUUAAUUACUUUAGGAUGUUUAGCUGUUUAUUGGAACACAGAUUCGAGAUCUUUAGCUGGCUACUCAACAAAGAAAGCCGUCGAUUUAUUUAAUAGCUUGAUUGCGUCCGAGAAAAAUAUACCAUCAGAACAUCAAUACGUACUUAAACCCGUUUCUGGUUCCGGACGCCUUGUACUUAAUAAACAUUUUGACGUAAACGAUCCCAAAACUACCGCAACAUUAUUGUUUGAUGAACUUGGGUUCGUCUUUGAUGAUGAGCAAUAUAGGGAUGCUCUAUUGAUGGUUGACCUAUUUCAUUUUUACCUGCGACAACAACAAUAUCGAAAAUUCCGACCUCUACAAGUAACUCCUAAACAAGAUCCCAAAGCGUGGCUGCUUUUUGCAGGAAAUUGUAUUAUCUCAGAAAUUCGUGAGCGCAAUAGGAAAUUUACAUGGGAUUACUUUGAAAAACGACGUGACGAUCGACAUUCAUACGUACAACUCUAUAAAGAUAAACAACUUGAUAAAAUGACACCAGAUAAUCAAACCAAAUUAGAUAAUCUUGAAAGGAAACUCAGUUAUGAGGAUAUUCGAUUUUAUAGAUCAAUAGCAAAAUCACAAUUAAGAAAAGAAAAGGCAUUAAUUGAUAAAAAACAAAAGGAACGAUCAUUACAGCAAUCAUCAAAAUCCGGUGGUGGUUGGAUAAGCGGAUGGUGGUGGGGUGGGUCAGAAUCGAAUGAGAAUGAGGGAGACACAAUAUUGACCGAAGAACAACGACAAGAAUUAUUUCAAGCAAUUGAUUAUGAUGAAACAGCUGCAAUACAAACUAAUGUGGACCUACCUAAAGAGUGGACAAUACUUUCACUAAGAACUAAACUUAAAACGGGAUCUUUUGCUCUAAAAAAAGAUCCUCACGGAAAAAAUGUUGAUAUACUAAGGGUUAUGUUUGACACGGUGACAGCAAAUUUUCUUCAACGCCCUGAAUCAUUUCAAGCUGAAACUUCUUUGGGUAGUUUAAGUGUAUAUGAUGGUUCUACCGAAGGAACAUUAUAUCCUCAAAUAGUUAGGGUUAAAGAUUAUGAUUCUAAAGCCUCUCCAAAAGAUUUGACAAGAAAUAAUCGCGCAAGUGAUAUUGAAUAUGAUGAAUCACAAGGAAAUCCAUUUUUUCAAUUAGUUUUUGAACAAAAUCCUUUGGAUGGUAGAGCAGAUAAUGGUCUUUCAAUGAGAAUGAGACAUUUAGAGAUUAUUUAUAAUCGAAAUGCCGUUGAAGCAGUUAUUGACUUUUUCAGACCUCCCGAACAACAAUUGGAAUCUAUUUCAGCUUUAAUAGAAGCAGCAGGAGAUACUUUAGAAGGAAUCAAAGCUCAGACUAAAGAUGUAUUAGAAUUCGCAUUAGAGGAGCACAAGACUAUAGAUGUAAAGAUUGAUAUGAACGCGCCAAUUUUUAUUGUCCCUGAAAGUUGUACAAAAUCAGAUGCUCAAGUAGUUGUAUUAGAUUCCGGUCACAUUAGCGUAGAGAGCAAUUUGGUUAAUAAAGAGCUCUUCUCACAGAUCCAAUCAAAAGCAAAAGCAAGUAAAGGUUAUAGUGAAAAGGAUUAUAAAGAGUUGGAGUCUUUGAUGUAUGAUCGUUUCACAGUACAACUCUCUUCAACUCAGCUUUUAGUAGGACAAUCUGUUGACCGUUGUUUAGAUCAGAUACGAAAUACUGAUUCCAAUUACGACCUUCAUGUCAUUGAUCGUAUCAAUAUGCAAUUUAAUGUUGAAAUGUCCAUAUUACCCCGUGCAACUUAUCUGACUAAAUUUCGAGUUACAGGACACGUACCUUUACUUAAAGCCAAUUUCUCAGAUAGAAAAUAUAAGAUCAUUAUGAAUAUAAUUGAAAAAAUUACGCCAGCGAGUACGAAAGAAAAUACAGAAUCUGUUCAAUAUCCUGUAUCUGAAAUAUUCUCGUUUACUGGAUUAGUCGAGGAGGCUUUGAAGGAUAAAACUAAAGAUAAUAAAUCAGAUAACAAACCUUUAUUAAAUAAAAAUUUGGCAAAUAAAGCUUUAGCAUGGAAUCGUAAGCACAGAGACUCUGUGGUAAUGGCGGAAAAAUUUGGUUUAGGAAAAACGUUUCAAGAUUAUGUAAUAGAUAGCGCUAGUGAUGAAGAUGAUGAUGAGAUUCCUGAAGAACAUCCAGAAGAAUUCUUUGACGCACAAGAUGCAGGCGACCCUAAUAAUGCAAGUGUCAAUCAGAGAACAUUUGAAUUUGAUUUUCGUGUGGAUAAAUUUACAGCAACUUUAAAAAAGGCAGAUCCAGACUCAAAUAAACCGGAAGUUGUUUUGGUUGAUAUGGUUCUGGAACAUUUUGGGUUGAGUUAUGUUCUUCGACCAUUCGAUAUGUCUGCUGUAGUUGUACUUAAAUCUCUUAGUAUAGAAGAUAAAAUUUCUAAUUAUUCAGAAUUUAAACAUUUGGCUGCUUCUGAGGGAUAUGGAAAUGCUCAACAUGAAGAUUCUAAAGAUCUUGUUCACAUAAAAUAUUCCAAAGUUGAUCGAAAAUCACCCGAAUAUAUGUCAAAAUUUGAUGGAAUUGACCAGAGCGUCGACAUUGAAUUGUCUACUAUCAAUGUCAUUGUUACUCGCAAAAGUAUUUUGACAUUAUAUAGUUUCAUAUUGGACACUUUUACUUCGUCUCCUACACAACCCCCCGCAUCUCCACCACAGAUUGUUGAUGCGCAACCUGGUUCAGAAUCAGAAGAAACUCUCAAACCUCAACCACUACCAUCACCACCACCGACACAAUCUUCAACUAUGAGAGUUAAAGUCAGAUUAAAUAGUAUCAGGUUUAUAUUAAAUAAUGAUGGUGUUAGACUUGCGACAGGAUUAUUGUCGCUUGCAGAUGUUGCUGUACUAUUAAGACAAAACACUAUUCGCGUUGGGGCUCGAUUAGGCAACUUUUCACUUUCUGAUGAUUUGGCUGGGGAAAGUAGACCCGAAUCAUUGAGUCAAUUGCUUACUAUUCAAGGGGAGGAUUUAGCCGUUUUUCAAUAUGAGACAUUUGAUGAAAAAUCGCCAGGUUUCCCUGGUUAUGACUCAUCGGUUUAUUUACGAGCAGGUUCUGCCAAAUUGACUUUCCUUGAAGAACCUACUAGGCUUCUUCUUGAGUUUGGUAGUAAAUUUGCUCAAAUGAAAGGUCUUUAUGAUUCAGCUAGAAACGCUGCUGUUCAACAAGCGGCACAGUUGCAAGAGAGAGUAUCGAAAUUCCAUUUCGAUAUUGUGGUUCAAACUCCGAUCGUUGUUUUUACCAAGGAUGUUAAAUCAAGCGAUUGCGUAAUCGCAAAUCUUGGUGAAUUAUCUGCAUCAAAUGAGUUCAUACCUAAUGAAAAAGGAAAAGGAGAACUUACCCGAAUUAAGGCUGAACUUAAAAAGAUUAAAUUAACUUCGGAAUUUGCUUUUUCUGAUAAAAAGAAACAAGUUUUGCAAAUUAUUGAUGAUGUUGAUAUCAAUUUUAGAAUUUCUUACUCGGAACAUGUUGAGGGUUCAGAUAGACCAGAUAUGGAGAUCGAUGGUAGAAUGUCGGAUGUUAAGAUGUCUUUAACAGAAAAACAGUAUAAAUAUUUGUUUGACCUAUCAAAUACUAUUCCUCGAGCCUUUGGUACUGGCGAAUCUACAGAUAAGAAUACUUCUGGUUCUCCAACAAGUCCAUCUCAACACUCUAAGAAAUCAGGUGCAAUAGAAACAAGUUCAUCACAAAAGGACGACGCAGAAGUUCUGCCAUGGACUACCAUCGAUUUUAAAUUCAUUGUGAAUCAAAUAUAUUUAGAAAUUUUUUCUGGAGACGGUUUUCAAGCGAAGAAAUUAUCAGAUACAAGUUUAUCAAAAUUCUGUUUGAAUGAAACUAAAAUCAAAUAUUCAAUGGAGUCAAAUGGUUCUAUGAAUGCAGAACUUAGCCUUCAGUCUGCUACUCUAAAUGAUACCAGACCAAAUGUUCAAAAUGCCUAUAGAGAAAUAUUACCUGCUGGUAACCAAGAUGCCCCUCAAUUUAGUGUUAGUGUCACAAUUUCCGGUGGUGUUGAAAGAAACAUAAUCGCUAUCGUUACAGUUGAUAGUCCACGGAUAAUACUUACUCUUGAUCAUUUGUUUGCUACACGCAAUUAUUUUAUGAGUGCAUUUGUUACUGAUACCGAAUCUUCAAAUCAACAAUCUCAACAAGCGGAAUCACCAUCAUCUUCAAAUCCUCCAAGAACACCUCCGAGAUCUUUCACUAGUCAAUCAUCUACUCCAUCUAAACCACCACGUCCGACCGCCACACAACCUAAAGUCACUACUAGUUUAAAUUAUCGUUUGAACGUUUCUUACGCAGAAAUUAUCUUAUUAGCGAACCCUCAUCUUGAAAGUACUGAAGCAAUUGUUCUUUCUUCCAAUAGAAUAGUCAUCGUACAGCAACAAGUUAUGACACUCACUGUUGAGAAACUUGGCAUGUUUUUAUGUAGAAUGGAUAAGAGAGAAGAUUCUCCUUUACGUUUCAUUGAUAACUUUAAUAUUGCUAUGACUCUUGAUACUCGAGCAUCUAGACCAGGUCAACAACUUACCGACAUCAAUAUUGAAGUUGGACCCCUCACGUUGAGACUUUCAUAUAGGGAUGUGUUACUAAUCAUGUCAAUAGUAAAUAAGGUUUCUGAGCUCUCAUCACAAUCUUCAUCUCCACCACCUGAAAAAGAAAAUAAGCCAGGACCAGCAUCUAUUGAUAACAACAUACCACUAGAUGUUGCAUCAUCUAAAAAUUUUAACUAUGAUUCUUUAACUGCAGCUAAAAAAGGUGGAAAUUCGAAGAGUCGCCCUAGCGUUUUACAGACUUUGAUGAUGACUCGAGAAACUCUUAAAGCAACUUUUCAAGGUACUCGGUUAGUUGUUAUCGGUGAUGAACAUGACAUACCUAUGAUUGACGCUAGUGCGAAUGAGUUUUCUGUAAAUGUAGCUGACUGGUCAUCUCAGAUAAGCGUCGACGCCAAUGUUUCAACUUAUAUAAAUUAUUUUAAUUUGACUAAUUCUCACUGGGAGCCACUAGUAGAGCCAUGGUCUUACAGUCUACACGCAUCUAAAAAUUUAAAUCCAGAAAGCAUGGUGAUUGAUUUAUCUUCUCAGAAACGUUUAGAGAUAAACAUUACACAUAUUUUCUUGGAAACGAUGUUGACAACACUCUCUAUAGUUAACCACGAAAGCGAGCAUGUAUUGAAUACCAAAAGAGGUUCCCGAACUCCAUAUAAAUUAAGAAAUAGAACUGGGUACAAUCUACACGUAUGGUCUAUUUCUUCGGAUGAUGCUACAGAUACAGAGAUUGUGAAAAUGGAUGAUAUUCAAGAUUUGGAUUGGAGAUUUGAUGACUGGGUUAAAACGCGUGAGUCUGUGAGCAUUUCAAAAAACAUGUUGGGCAUCCAAUUUGAUAAUGCAACAUGGGAGUGCAUUAAGGAGAUCCCUGUUGAUAGGGAAGCAGAGAACUUGUAUAUAUUACGACCUAAAGUUGGUGGGGUCACUCACCGUAUGGUGGUUGAUGUGAAAUUAAAAGACAACAUAAAAGUAGUAACUUUUCGAUCGGUCUUAGUUCUUGAAAAUCGAACGCUUUUAACAAUUGAGAUGAAAAUUGUUGACAAACAGAACAAGAAUGUUAGCGACGUUUAUCAAAUAGCUCCUGGUGAAGAUUGUCCUGUUCCUAUAGAACAUGCGUAUAAUAAUCUUCUUCAGAUCAGACCUGAGGGCGGGUUUGGAUACAAUUGGAGUGUCGAAAAUUUAUAUUGGCAAAAUUUCAUAAAACCUAAUCCUAUAAAGUCUAUCACAUGUCAAUCUAUACAAGAUGAUGCACCAUUCCGUUUCCAAGUAUUUGCUAGGUACAAAAAGAAUGAUCCUCUUGUAAAGGAGUACCCUUGUAUGGCUAUUCGGUUAAGCGCACCGAUACAAGUUGAAAAUCUGUUACCUUACGACUUUAAGUUCAGAAUUUACGACAAGACUAUAGAUCAGGAUUGGCCCGAUAAUUUUUUACAUAAAGGAGGAGUAACUUCUCUACACUUGAUAGAAUUAAAUCAUAUAUUAUUACUUAGUAUUACCGUAGAAGAUACAGAUUAUGCUACCAGCGAAUUUUCUAUCAUUAGCUCUCCAAGUUCCGAUUAUUCAGUUGAUAAUACACUGACACUUACAGAUUCCGAAGGUUUAAAAUUAUACCUCCGAAUUCAUUACACGGAAGUUCCCGAUUCUGGAGGAGCAUUUAAGUUUAGUGUAUAUAGCCCAUAUAUCAUGAUAAACAAAACAGGUCUUGAUAUGGUUUUCAAAUCGAAAUCAUUCUUAACUUCCGCCAAGAUUGCUGCCGGUCAAGUGACAUCAAAGAAGAAAAACCAGGUCGCUCCAUAUAUGUUCUCUUAUCCAAAUGAUGAAACGCGAAAUCGUGCUCUAUUAAAAGUAGGAGAUUCAGAAUGGAGUAGGCCUUUGAGUUUUGAGGCUGUUGGUACAUUUAUGGAGAUUGUUAUACCCUCUUCAACAAAAACCGAAGAAAUACAUUUGGGUGGCAGCAUUCAAGAAGGUCACCAGAAGUAUAAACUAACUAAAAUUGUGACUUUCACUCCACGGUUUAUUCUCAAAAACAAUUUGAAUGAGGAUAUUAAUUUCCGAGAACCGGAAUCGACUGAUUUUAUGACUGUUAAAUCCAAAGAUCGUGCUGCCCUUCAUUUCUUAAAAAAGGGAAUCGGUAAACAGCUUAUGUUAUGUUAUCCUGGAUUAAAUAAAUCUUGGUCCGCUCCUUUUAAUAUUGAUGAGCUUGGGAGAGUUCAUGUCAGACUUGGAAAAUCAGACGAGGAGAUUGACUUGGUUCGAACUGAAAUUUUACUUGAGGAUGCUACAGUUUUUGUAAUAUUUAAUAAAGAGGAAGGAAAAUGGCCAUUCCGUAUUGAAAAUUAUUCAGAUGUUGAAGUUACCUUUUACCAGCAGGACCCGAACCGUCGUGACUUCUUUGGUACAAGUACACAUAGCCCAAAUAUAAAAAAAUAUAACCUUCAUCCUGGAAACGCAUCACCUUAUUCGUGGGAUUUCCCAGCACAAAAAGAAAAACGUUUGGUCUUAAACUUAAAUAAUACUGAGCGAAUGGUUAAUAUUCAAGAAAUCGGAUCACUUAUACCAUUUAAAUAUCCGGUUGAAGGAGGACAUAAUAUAUUGGCUAUGGAGGUUGCUGCUGAUGGCCCGACUCAAGUUUUGUUACUUACUAAUUACAAUCAGUCAGAGAGUAUCUUUAGACCAAGGGCCCCAUCAAUUUCAUCAGUAUCUAAAGAUGAUACCAGUAAAGAUGCUUUUGAAGUGAUUGAUGUGGAUUCAGUUACUACAUUAACUUUUCAGAUUAGAUUAGAAGGUAUUGGCAUUUCUGUGAUUAACAAACGAAUGCAGGAAUUGGCUUAUGCUUCAAUGCGCGGAUUGGAGUUCAAAUACAAUGAUUCUACACUAUAUCAAUCCGUCAAUUUUCUAAUUAAAUGGUUACAGAUUGAUAAUCAAUUAUAUGGUGGAUUGUAUCCAAUUAUUUUAUAUCCAACGGUUAUUCCAAAAGAUACAAAAGAAACCGAUGUUCAUCCGGCCUUUCAUGCUUCACUUAUUAAGGCAAAAGAUGAAUCACACGGUGUUAUAUACUUUAAAUACUUUUCUUUAUUGUUGCAAGAAAUGACAUUUGAAAUCGAUGAAGAUUUUCUUUUUGCAUUACUUGAAUUUGCAAAACUUGAAGGUCCAGGCAACAAUGAAGAAAAAGAAAUACAACUUAUUGAUGGAACGCUUGAUAUUCCUGAGCCAAAAUCAGCUGAAGGAGAUAACCAGUGGUACUUUGAGGUUUUGCAUAUACAUCCAAUGAAAAUUAAUAUUUCAUUUGUCAGGACAGAACGUAUAAAUGUUGAAAAUAAACCAGCACCACGUAAUCCAAUCAUGUUCUUUUUCAAUGUUUUGACGAUGGCAAUCGGAAACAUCAAUGAUGCACCAAUCAAACUUAAUGCUCUUGCCAUGGAAAAUAUGCGCGUUAGUCUUCCUGUAUUAAUCGAUCGUAUCAGACAACAUUAUGGUGAAGCUUUCAUCUACCAAGUACAUAAAAUUGUUGGUUCCGCUGACUUUUUGGGUAAUCCUGUUGGUUUAUUCAAUAACCUUAGUUCUGGAGUUGUUGAUAUUUUCUACGAGCCAUACCAAGGAUUCGUAAUGAGCGAUCGACCCCAAGAUCUUGGAAUUGGACUCGCUAGAGGCGCAACAAGUUUCUUCAAGAAAACUGUGUAUGGGUUUAGCGAUAGUUUUUCUAAGGUCACAGGAAGUAUAGGAAAAGGUCUUUCUGCUGCAACUUUGGAUAAAACUUAUCAAGAUCGGCGAAGAAUGACUCAGUUCAGAAAUAAGCCCAAACAUGCAUUGUAUGGUGUUAGCCAAGGAGUUAAUUCUUUGUUAACAGGUUUUGGAAGCGGCAUUGAGGGCCUGGCACGUAAACCUUUAGAAGGUGCCGAGAGAGAAGGUGCAACUGGGUUGCUCAAAGGUGUAGGAAAAGGACUUGUUGGUCUCGUAACUAAACCCGUUGUCGGGGUGUUUGAUUUUGCAAGCAAUGUGACGGAAGGAAUUCGAAAUACUACCACUGUUUUUGAUGAAAAUGAUAUUGCACCGGCACGAUUGCCUAGAUAUGUCGGGAGGGAUGGUAUACUUAAGCCCUAUAAACAAAGAGAAGCUUUAGGACAAUCUUGGUUGAAAGGGUUGGAGGAUGGAAAAUAUUUUAAAUCAGAAUAUAUUGCUCACCUUGAGCUUAGAGGAGAUGAUCAAGUGGUAAUGCUCACACGAUCUCGCAUUAUGCUCGUAAAAAAUAGAAAAUUAAAAGUAGAGUGGGAAGUUCCAUUUCCAGAUCUUCAAACCAUUGCUUUACAACCCAACGGCAUUUUACUUAACCUAAAAGGGAAUACACCGGGGCCAUUUAUUCCUAUUCCUGACAUUGAGAGUAAAGAAUGGUUUGAAAAGAAGAUUGAAUUAAUAAUAAACCAAUACAAUGCAGAAUCGAAAGAUUUUUGA